UACCUAAACUUCACUUUGAUUCUUUUUCUUUUGACGUUUCCCAGUUAGUGUUUUAUUUUGAAAGUAAUAACAGGAUUUUAUGUAUUUGCUACUGUGCCUAGCUUGACUGCCGUAGCUGGGUGGUCGAGGUUUGUCAGUGUUGUCAGAAAGGCAGCAUGAGACCCUUCUUUGCUCAGACCAUGCAAGCAUUGGAAUAUUUCAAGGCAAAGACAGUUUGACAGCUCACUCAAAGAAAAGAAACAUGUGGAGGACUCUAACACUUUCACUGAUAGUUGCACUGACAUUGGCCACAGAGGUGAAUUUUACCCAGGUGUCCCAGUCUGAGGAUGUCGGGCCCAUGGUGGCUGAGGAGAAGGCGGUGGAGAAGCAGCAGGAGAACUUCAGCGACAUCUCCAACGUGCUAGGAACGUCUCGACACCAGAUCCUGGCUGCUCAAUUUGAGUGCUACCUGAAGAUAAUCCAUGAUCCACCACGUACAGAAGAAGGGAAUUACUGUAACCGUACGUGGGACGGCUGGCUGUGCUGGGGGGAUUCAACUCCAGGGACUAUCAUGCAGAUGUGUCCUGAAUACUUUUUGGACUUUGACCCUGCUGAGAAGGUCACCAAAGUGUGUAAUCCUGAUGGCCAGUGGUUCCACCACCCGGAGAGCAACCGAGUCUGGUCUAACUACACCCAGUGUCAGGCCUACACCCAAGAUAAACUCAAGUUUGCAUUGAGUCUCUACUACCUGGCCAUGGUGGGUCAUGGCCUGUCUAUUGUCUCCCUGAUCAUCUGUCUGAUCAUCUUCUCCUACUUCAAGAGUCUUAGCUGCCAGAGAAUCUCCCUCCACAAGAACAUGUUUCUUUCCUUCAUCCUGAACUCCAUUGUUACAAUAAUGUGGCUCUCGCUCACCAAUAACCAAGCCAUGACAAGCACCAGCAACUCUGUGAGCUGCAAGGUCCUGGCUGUGGUGACUAUGUACUCGUCUACUUCCACCUACUUCUGGAUGCUGUGUGAAGGCAUCUAUCUCCACACGCUCAUCAUUGUGGCCGUCUUUGUCGGGGAACAGCAGCUCUUCUGGUACUACGUCCUAGGAUGGGGUUUUCCCAUUGUUCCUGCCAUCACGUAUGCUGUAGCACGUGGGCUCUUCUUUGACGAUAAGUGUUGGAUCAGCUCAAACACACACCUUCACUACAUCAUUCAGGGGCCCAUUCAAGCUGCACUAAUUGUGAACCUUUUCUUUCUCCUGAACAUCGUGCGGGUUCUAAUCACCAAGUUGAAAGAGACCCACUGCGCUGAGUCCACAGCCUACAUGAAGGCGGUGAGAGCCACCCUCAUCCUGAUUCCUCUGCUGGGAGUCCAGUUCAUCCUUUUCCCCUGGCGGCCAGAGGGAUUCAUCAGCCGGGCCAUUUUUGAUUUCUUUGUAAAUAUCUUCAGCCACUUCCAGGGACUCCUGGUGGCAAUUAUCUUCUGUUUCUGCAAUGCUGAGGCCCAGACAGCGUUGCGGAGGAAGUGGGCACAAUGGAAGUCUGCCUGGGGUAAAACCGGCUGGGGAGAAACAACCACCAACUACCACUUUAACUCCCACAACAACUCCUCCAUUACUGAAACCAGCCGCGCCACCAUCAGCUUGGAGCAGCCUGCUGCAUCGCCUUCUGAACAUAAAGAAAAUAGCCACUUCCAGUUCCAGGUGCCACAAAAAGCCAACGGGCAGCAGAAGACAUGCAGCAACGGGGAGGUGGACAUGCUCAACCAGUUGGAGACCACCAACAUCUGACUGGAGAAAGGUGAUGGUUGCGGUGCUAAAACACACACACACACACACACACACAUACAAUCCCUUAUAUGUAGACACAGAAAGGCAGAAGGUUGCAGGUGAUAUUUUUGGUCAAAGGCUGGGCACUGUAUGUACAGUCUGUACAAAAUAUCUGAAAAGCACACAUACAUUUUUUUUUAGUAACAGCUCCAGCUUUUGGACCAUAGACUGUUUUUACAGUCUGUGGUAUGAACUGAUGACAAAAAAAAUAUUUAUAUUAUGGUGUCAUUCUGUAAUCCUAGUAUAGUAAUGGUUUCUGUUCUGUCACUGUCACAUUGUUUUUUUCUAGUUUUUAUAAUGUAUUUAGAGAGUUGCAGAUCCCAAACCUGCCAUUGUGAUGUCACAAAUGCAGAGCUGUUUGUAUAAUCUGUUGCCUUAUGAAGCCUGAGUGCUUUACCAGUGCACCCCUUUGACAAAUGAAUGUCAUAGCCCACUGAUGUGAUCUAUAUGUUCUUUUACAUGCUUUUAUAUAGGGAAGAUAAUAUAAUCAUCACUGGCCUGCGG